AGGGGAGGUGUGUGAGGGAGGAUCGUUUAAGAUUUUUUUUUUCCACAGACUUCAGAGUGGUUUGGUGUGUGUGUAGAGUCUCAGACGGGAGGAACUUCAACGGUUAAUGUCGCUACAAAGUUGUCUGACUGUCUGCGGCGGAAUGGAAACUAGCUAACCUCCCUCCUCACAGCUGUGGUCAGGGCCAGUGUCGCGUUUUACCCUGAAAAAGAAGAAGAUUUACGUGAGGCAGAGAGAGAGGAACAAAACGAUGCCGUUUUUGUUGUUGCUGUCGUUGUAGUGCACCGUUUAAAAAGAGCCUAGGGAGAAGUUGAGAAGAAAACCGGUUCUCCCUGGUACCCCACCGCCGCUUUGUGUUUGUGAAUGGUGGGGUGUUUUUCCUGUUUGACAGGGCCGAUAGUCAGGGAGAAGGUAACGUUACUGCUGCCGAACGCACAGGCUCAUCGUCCCCAAACCUGCUCAGAUGGACUUGAGAUAACGCCACCAGAGGUUCCACCUUUGUCCCGAGCUUCAGCCAACCCCGCAGCCUCCCACGUUCAGCCAGAAUGGCAGAUCCCACUGGGCCGAGCUCUGAAGGGGCGGGGGCAGGCAUGACCGAAGUCAACGCCUGUAGUUUGGAGAUAGAGAGGAAGUAUGAUAUCAUCCCUACCGUCAUCUGCUCCAUGUGUUGCCUGUUCGGCAUCAUCUACUGCUUCUUUGGUUACCGAUGUUUCAAGGCUGUCAUGUUCCUGUCAGGUCUGAUGUUCGGCUCCGUUAUUAUUUUCCUGCUGUGCCACAAGGAGCACGUGCUGGACACACAGCUGAGCGUCGAGGCCAGCGCGGGAAUCGGCCUCGGUAUAGGCCUGCUGUGCGGUCUGGUUACCAUGCUGGUGCGAAGCGUUGGCCUCUUCAUGACUGGCCUGCUGCUGGGACUCCUCCUGGCCCUCGCUGCUUUGCUGGUCACUCACCAGUUCUACACUCCAACCACAGUCUGGGUGCCGCUGGGUGCUCUUCUGGGAACAGGCAUGCUGUUUGCUGUGCUGACACUGCAGUGGCAAAGGUUCUUCACCAUGCUCUCCACGGCUGUGUUCGGGGCAGCUAUCAUGACAGUGUGUGCUGAUUACUUUGUGGAGAUGCUGGCACUGGCCACGCAUGUGUACGAAUGCCUGCGCCUUACAUCCGGGCCACCGCUCUGCUGGUACAGCUGGGUCAUUCUGGGCAUCUGGCCCGCCCUCAGCCUUAUAGGAGUACUCAUCCAGUGGAAACUGACGGACGACAGCUUCUCACACACCGAUGUUGUUAUCAGUCGGCGCCAGAAGAGAGUCCAGCUGAUGCGGAUUCGAGAGAAGGACGCCAAGAAGCGACAGCAGGCAGGUGGGCAGGAAGGCACGUAUCGUCGUAAACCCACCCCAGUGAAACGUUACGCUGGGGAUCUACUGGCACCGAGCUACUUACAAAGUCUGCGGGACAGACAGAUGGGCACAGGCACUUCCCUUAGCAGCCUGGGGACUGCCAACCACACCAUGAUCGACCUGGACUACGACACCGGCUCCACUGUGCCCCUCACAGCUACAACCCCUGUCGUCAGGGUCUGAGCAACACGGAAAUUAAGAAGGGACUGCUUAGGGCUCUCUGGUUCUUCUACAGUGUCUCCCUAAUGUAGAGUACAAACCUAUAAACUGCUCCACUCAGCGAAGGGUUUUCAUCGCCUUAAAACUGAUUUAGAGAGAGGGUGGAUUUUCUCCUAUCAGUGUGUCAAUCCUGGGUGUCUGUGAAAGUGAAUGCUGCUGCUUGGGAAGUAAGAAGAAGUGUCAAGCUCCUGCUUGGUGAAUACCACAACCACUACAACCGCUGUGUUUCUCAGAGAAACACUUCAAAACAGAUACUAACAAAGUAAAGGUCCUCCAUUUUCUGUCAUCGUGUUUUAAAGACAUAACAGCAAGUACGAGCCUCAAAAACAGAUGUUUAUCUGCUUUGGUAGUGAAUAUGGCAAAGCCGUUUGUUUGACAUUACAUGUACUGUACUUUAAAAGUUAGUCAUCGCCAUGAAGUGUUGUGUUAUUAUCUGUCUUACUGCUUAACUGUGUGGUUAUAGGAUUUAUGAUUUUGCGUACUUUUUUUUGGUGUGAUGAGAGAGUACAUGUUGAUGGACACAUGGCCAUGAGUAUGACAAAGUGAAACUAGAUGACAAAUAAAAUAAACCGUCUGGAUUUAAAAGCUCUUCGCAUGAGCGUUUAGCGGGAUGUUUUCUAGCAGCACUCUAAUAAUUCUGUGACUUUUUUUGUUUUUGCAAUGUAGCUCCUGUCAGAAGUAGGUGAAGCGUUUAGACUGUUGCUUGUGGAGUAAACAUUUUAUAAUUUAUUUUAUAUGAUGACCAAGUACCUGGUAGUGUUGAAAGAAUAGACAAAAAAAAAAAACAAAGCAUGUUUGUUGUUAAUU